CACCUCUGUUCAAAAUUUUCUUGUUAUGGAACGGUUGACUUUGAGGUUGAAUUCAUGAGUAGCUCUGUUGAAUUGUGGGGAACUAACACAGAACGACCAAUUGUUUGAAACUCUUCAACCCAUAUAUAUUACGUUUAAAUUCGGAGCUUAAUAAAUGGUAACAAUUUCGGCUUUGGAGUAUGUAAUUUGAAGGAGGCUGCAUUAAUUUAUCUCCUCUUGUGAUUGUAUUCCUUAGUAAUAUCAUUUCCCACAAGAUCAUUGAAAUGGAGAUGCGACUAUGUGCAUUACUUAAAUAUAUUAAGAUGUUUCCAUGCCCACGAAUCCACGAUGAUCCUUGAAUGGAAUGUUGGAAGAGAUGAGAUGGUGAGCAAAAGAGAAUUUGGUGACAGUUUUGGUCAAGGUUUCUUCAACCCUUCAGCUAUGAUUUUGGAGUAUGUUAGAUAGCUUCAAAUUUAUUUCAGGGUUUGGCAAGAUUUUUAUGUAAGYUUCCAAGAUGAUGCAAUCCUCCUCCUUUAUCUGGGUUUGGGAGCAGCAGUCAAAGGCAUUCUCAAAGCUGUUGGAAUAGUUCUAAGUUCCAUUUCUGGUAGAAAGAUAUGGGUCUCGGUGACAAAGCUAUCAGAUUGCAAAUACAUAUAUGAUUUCAUGUCCCAUUUUGAGCAACCACCACUACUGUAAAGGCUCUGUGGUUUGAAGCAUGAUUUCUCUUGGUUUCUACCUAUGCAAAUAUUCAUUCCUUUUAUUUUGCCAAGUGCAAGAAUUUGGUGGUGAGGAAAAGCCGAAGAGGUCAAGUGUUUCUAGAUACAACUAGAGUGUUUCAACUGCUGCAACCAAGCAUUGGGUGGGUGAAGAGAUCAAGUGUUUCUAGUGUGGCUAUAUUGUUAGGCAAAGUGAGGAACUUUGAUGUAAAUUUUCAUAUCAUGUUCUUGAACCUGUGAUGUUCUAUAAGUUCAACUUCAGCCAUCUCCAUCAGGUUGUGGAUGCUGGUGCUCGUUCCCUGAGAAUGAUAUUUCAAUCAAAAUUGGCUCCAAAAUAUGAUUUCCUUGAAGAAAAAAAGUUGGAGUUCCUUCUUUCACUUCUGAACAGUGAGAAUGAAAAUGUUACUGGACUUGGUGCAAGCAUCAUAACACACUCUUGUGAGACAAGUGCUGAACAAAAGGUUUUGUGUAAUGUUGGGGUAUUAUGUAGGCUUGUAAGUCUACUUGAAGGUUCUUUAAACCAAAGGGAUGCUAGUUUAGAUUCCCUAGCCACAAUUCUCAAAAACAACUCUGAUGUCAUCUCAAAGUUUGUAGGACUUGAGAAUGGAAGGGCUCUGAGUGCUAUAACUGAGCUAACAAAGGACAGAUGUCCUCGAACAAGACUUCUUGCCUGUAUGUGCUUGAUCGUCAUAGGGAACACAUCUCCUUGCUAUCUUCAAGGUGUAGGAAUAAAAACCAAGUUAAUAUCAAUAUUAGUUGAGCUUCUUGAGGAUCCUGGUCAGGUUGGGGAGGAAGCUCCAUUUGCUUUUGCAUCUCUAAUUGCAGACAAGGAAGAUGUCCAAAAACUAGCAUUUGAAAUUGAUGCUGUUGAUAAACUUUGCAACCUAUUGCACAAAGGUUCAGUACAGGUCAAACGUUUCCAGGGAAUAUUGCUAGCAUUAGCUGAACAAUGCUCAAAGUUAGAAAACUGCAGGUCGAGGUUCCUCUCAUUGCAGGUCUUGAACAUGGUAACUGAUGCAUUAAAUCAUGAGAGUGUGGAUGUUCGUGCUGUGGCUUGCCUGUGUAUAAGAAAUGUCUCUCGGUCACUUAAGAAUCUGAGUGCAGGUCGUUUUAUGAAUGAAAAGAUUGUCACUCCCUUGCUUCAGCUUCUACAUGAUCCUUCUACAUCAAUCCAGGUUGCAGCUCUUAGUGCUAUUAGCAACAUAGUGAUUGACUUUACAGGCCACAAAUCAGUUUUCAUCCAAUCUGGAGGGGUGAAACAGUUAGUUCAGCUAUCAAAAUCAAUGGAUUCAACUCUGAGGUUUAAUGCUGUAUGGGCUUUGAGGAAUCUGAUGUUUCAUGCUGAGAACAUAUACAAAGAAGUCAUUUUACUGGAGUUGACAACAUCCACAUUGGCAAGCCUUAUUUGUGAUCCAGAGCCCUUUAUCCAAGAGCAAUCUCUGGCUCUUGUUUGCAAUCUUGUUGAUGGGGGUAUCAACUCGAUUAGGCAUGUGUUUAUAGAAGAUGGUAAUAUUAUAAAUGCCAUUGGAAGGCAACUCCGUACUUGUUCAAGAUCAGAAGUUUGCAUUCAGGGAAUGUAUGUGCUAAGCAACAUAGCAAGUGGAAAUGAAUUUCACAAAGAAACUGUGAUGCACCAACUCUUUCCACCUCAGGCUGGUGAAGACACCCAAUCCUUCAUGAUGAAGUUCUUGCAGAGUAAUGACGGCCAGCUCCGCACAGCUGCCAUAUGGUGCAUAAUAAAUCUAACUUACCCAGAUAAUCCCGGUGCAUCCUCUCGUGUUGUGAAACUCCGGAGUGCUGGCAUAAUUUCUCAAAUAAAGAGUAUGGUUAAUGAUCCGUGCUUGGAUGCAAAGUUCCGAGUAAGAACAGUGUUGGAACAGUGUCAACUUCUUCCAGCAGCUUGACAUGAUCCUGUAUCACCAGUCUUUGAUCUUCACAAUUAGUGCUCAAUACCGCAAUGUUUGGCAACAUCACAUGAAGUUCCUUGUGGAUCUACGAGACCAUGGUAUGCUAUAGCUUAUGAUACACAAGGGUUUGUAACAGUUUGUGCAAAUCCAACCUCUCCAUUCCUUGAUUAUGCUCGAGCUUUGAGAGAUCUUGUCUAUCCACUAUUAUCACCAUCCUGUCUAGCCAGGAUAAGCCAAGAUAUGUUUCCCAUGAUGGUAUGCCUAACUCUCAUUUGAGUCAGAUUUUUUAGCCAUCUUGGUUUUUGUGGCGCAAUUCCUUUGAUGUAAUAUUGUAUAAUAUUGCAAUAUGCUCACCUGGGAUAAGAAAGACAACGCCCUUUCGAAGUCCACUGCACAGUUGAGCAAAGUUUUUAUCCUACUUGUAAUUUAAGUUUUCUUGCACAUUACAAACUCAUUUCUUACAUAAUCAAUUCCAUUUAAAGA